CUCUGUUUUCAUUCACGGCUCUCUCGGGCAGGGCAUAGAUGGCGGAAGACUGUAAGUCCGAGUAAUUCCCCGGAGUAGCCGCUGCUGUCACACCCCGGUCUCUAUCUUAAUAAAUCAGGGGUAAGCAGGGGAAAGCUGGCCGGUCUGUGCCGCGCUCGGUUCCGCCCUGAGGACAUGGAGAUGACGGCGGAGGCAGAAGCGGAGGAGCGCAGGAGGGAACACUGGAAGCUGCUGUCCAGCCUGAAGACCACAGUCGAGGGCCUCGUGUCCACCAACAACCCCAACGUGUGGUCACGGUAUGGCGGCUUGGAGAGGCUGCACAAGGACAUGAACAACAUCCUCAGCCACGGGCUGAAGAAUGAGCAGGUCUACUACAAGCAGAGGGACUACUGGCCAUUUGUGUGGUGUGUCCGAUACAUCAGCCCCCACCUCGCCUCACACGUCGAACAGUUCAGUCACCUGGAGCCGGUGCUCAGCAGCGGGAUGCAGAGUGCAGGUGAAAGCUACAAGGCUGAGCGCUGGCUGCUCCACAGUUUACAGGUGCACAUGCUGUCUGCUCAGCUCCGGCCUCUGCUCAGACAUCUGGGACACACGCGGAAAUAUUACAACGAUGAUGCCUUCCUGCUGAGCGAGCCUCAUGUGACCGCCAUGUUUCAGUGUCUGGAAGCUGUGGAGCAGAAUAAUCCCAAACUUCUGGCCCAAGUAGACACAGUUGGGCUGUCCCCUCUGAAGAGCCCUCCAUGUCUGGGCCUGUUGAAGAGCCAGAGCCUGUGUGUCUUGCCUGGGGCCGGCGGAGCCUGGCCAAGUGCUGACCCGACUCUCAGAGCAGACCCCCUGAACCGCAGACUCACCACCUCCAACUGCUCUCUGCGUGAAGCCGUCGAAACCAGCCACAGCCCUGCAAGCUCGACAGGACCUGCGUCUCAACCAAGCUGCAGCACAAGCACUACCUCUCAAGUCGGCAGCCUUGGAGCUCCCUGGGUGUGUGUCACCAGGCCAGGGGAGAGCGAGCGAGGCACAACGCCCCCUCCUGGACCAGUGUCAGUCCCUAGCAUCUCCCUGACAGAAGCACCGUCGCCGCCUUCCUCACAGCCCGAUCCUGGGGACUCUGCUGAAUGUGACUCUGACGAUGGGCCCGAGUACUUGGCCAUCGGUAACCUGGGCCAGCGCAGUCGGUCUGAAUCGAGGAGCUCCACCCACAGUAGCGAGCAGGAUGAAAUCAAGGAACAGACGAUGCCACGGAGCUCACUGUCGGCAGGGCCGGCCCCAACUAGGCGCUCGUCUUUUUCCGAGGGUCAGAAGGUUCCGAGUCGCGGGUCGAGGGGUCACGCUCGCUCGUUUUCUGACACAGGCCUCAAUCAGAAACUCAGGAAUGGAGAUGGCCGCAGAAAAAUCACCAUAAUAAUAGAGGAUCCGGUAGCAGAAUCGGCAGGCGAGAGCUGCUGCAUGAACGACUAUGGCCCUCUCUCAUCUCAAUACCACGAUGCCAGCACAUCCGGCUCUUUUUACAUGGAGUCCCAUGGGUCCCAGUACAGCAGUGCUCCAGAUGGGAUGUUCAGGAAGCCGUUGGAGGGACAGAGCCUCAUCAGCUAUCUGUCAGAGCAGGACUUUGGCAGCUGCGCUGAUCUGGAAAAGGAAAACGCACAUUUCAGCAUUUCAGAGUCCCUCAUCGCCGCCAUUGAGCUGAUGAAGUACAACCUGCAACGUCGGGAGGAGGAGGGCGAGGAGGACGGAGACAGCGAUUGUGAGAUUCAGCAGCUCAAGCAGAAAAUUCGACUGCGGAGGCAGCAGAUCCGACGCAGCCGUCUGCCGCCGUGCUCCUCCAACCAACACAGUUUCCACUUGACUGACAGCAGCAGCUCCAGGAGGAGCUCCCAGGACUCGUACCAGGGCCUGUCUGACUCCGGCUCAGCCGAGGAGGUGGAGGAGUGUGAGCUACGAGAUGGCUGUGAGGGUCAGUCCCUGCUGGCGGUGUCUCAGAACGGCCUUUCCUUGUCACUCGCCUCCCUCUUCUCAGAUGCAGACAUAAAGCGCAGCGUAAGCUCCAGCGGCAGGUCUUUUCUCAGCUCAGAGUCCAUCUCUCCCUCCUUCCUCCAGUCGAACUCGGCUGAGUCAGUCGCCAUGGGUUUACUCAGGCAGUUCGAGGGCAUGCAGCUUCCUGCAGCGUCUGAGCUCGACUGGCUGGUCCCUGAGCAUGAUGCUCCACAGAAGCUGCUGCCCAUACCAGACUCUCUGCCAAUUUCUCCUGAUGACGGGGAACACGCGGACAUCUACAAGCUGAGGAUUCGUGUUCGAGGUAACCUGGAAUGGGCUCCUCCUCGACCACAGAUCAUCUUCAACAUUCAUCCUGCCUCCAAGAGAAAGACAGUCGUGGCCAAGCAGAACUACCGUUGUGCUGGCUGUGGCACCCGAAUCGAUCCAGAUUAUAUCAGGCGACUGCGUUACUGUGAAUACCUCGGCCGCUACUUCUGCCAGUGCUGCCAUGAAAACGCCCAGGCGGUGGUUCCCGGCAGAGUCCUGAGGAAGUGGGACUUCGGCAAAUACUAUGUGAGCAACUUUGCCCGAGACCUGCUGAGCAAGAUUGCGGGAGAUCCCCUGUUCAACCCCAACGAUAUCAACAGUGGCCUCUACAAGAAGGUUAAAGCUCUGGGAACUGUACGGGAUUUUAGGGUACAACUAUUUCACAUGAAGAAUCUCUUCAAGACCUGCCGUUUUGCAAAAGAGGUGCUCGAGCAGUUCGACCUGGUGCCGGGUCACCUGACUGAGGACCUUCACCUCUUCUCCCUCAACGACCUCACUGCUGUACGCAACGGGACCCUGGCCACCCGACUCAAAGAGCUGCUGAAACUUGGUACCCUCCAUGUAGCUGGCUGUGUGCUGUGCCAGGCAAAGGGCUUUGUGUGCGAAUUUUGUGGGAACGACAAAGACAUCAUCUUCCCCUUCCAGCUGAGCAAGUGCCAGCGGUGCGAAGAUUGCCACGCGUGUUACCACCGCACUUGCUUCCGGACAGGUAAAGACUGCCCUCGUUGUAGAAGGCUGGCAGAGCGGCGAGAGAGGAUGGCACGGAAAAACAUGGAGGAACAAGAGGACGAGGGAGGUGGGACUUAACGCUCAUAACAGAGAAACUGCAGGGAAGAAAAGCACAACGUGACCAUGAUUGUAGUCUCCUUCGACCAUUUCGCUUUCCGUUCCAGCCCUGUUAGUCUCGGGUGUCAGGUGGCCGGAUGUGCAGGUUUUUAAUGCAUUUGGACACUGGUUGUAAUUUUUUGUCUCUUUUGCACUUUACCCCAUUGAUGCAUUGUGCUUGAAAUCUAGCAAGUGACAAAGUAAAAAUCUGAAUCGAAGUCUAAUUUCAAAUUUUUCUUUUCUUUUUCUUUUUUUUUUUUUACAAUUUUUUCCCAGAUUUGUUGUUUCUUUUUAUGUAUUUAAUAUAUAUGACAGAAUUUAUUUAUGGCCAGCCUUUGAGAAAGAAAUCACUGCUAGCAGGGUUUUCUGUUUAAUAGUGUACUAACUGAAUGAAGUUAACAGCCUGAAAAAGAAGUCAAAUUAGUAUUUUUUUUUUUGACCUGUCAUUUUCUUUUUUGUCUUUUUGUUAUUUCUUCAGCUGUGCUGAAUCAUUCCUCUGCUAAAACAACUCCUUUUGUAUAAGAGAUGGUGGACAAUGAAUCCUGCUGCCUUAUUGAUGUUUGACGCUGUUGUAGUUUCGUGUGUGAAUACAGCCAAAGAUUGUCAGGACCUCCGAUUCCUGUAUUGUGAUUUUUCUUAUAACUCACCAUCCAUCAAAAAGAGUUCUCAGGCGCUUAUGCCCAAGACACUUGUCUCUCCUUCCAUACAGUUUCUCUUUAAUGGAUGGUGAUUUUAGUUUUUAACUACUGAUGGAGCUACAAUAUUUCUGUGACUUUGACAUGGAGUCACGCUGAAUCCGAGCAGGGCUGUACGGCGGGACAAGGUUUCAGUGUCGCUGCAAAAAGUUAGCGUGUGCGUGCGCGUGUGUGUGUGUGGCCGCUGUACAUCAUGCAGCCACACACAGGUGGGAGCAGGCACCACCUUCAUGCGUCUUCACUCGGGCCGAUUUGCGAGGUGGUCUGACACACAGCUGCCCGCAUGUGUUGGGUGGUGCUAACUAUUUCUUAAUUUCUUAAGUGGGACACUUCGUCACUAUUAAAUUUCAGCCCAUAUUUUCAGUGCUGACUUGCAGCGUGUUUAUAAACUAAUGAACCAGGCAGUGAUAGAUGGUUUAAACCUCUCUCCAAGCAGCAGCCAUUAGUUUAAAGUUUGAUAUCAGUUAGGAGUUGAGUUUUUUUGUUUCUGAGUCACCCACCACUCCGCUGUGCGCCGGGAAGUGACACUGUAAUCAGAUCUGAACCCGCUGGCCCCGCACGCAUAAUAGUGCAACGUUAAGACGUUCAUCACUUCUGGGCCUCCAACUGUGCUCCUAUUACCAGAGACGCCAAGUUAAUACAAGUAUGAAACAAGGCCACUGUGGCACCUUAAAGAUGAAGCACAGUAAAAUUCAAACAAAGUGUUAUCGAGUCAGUACGGUGCAGUGAAUACCAACUUACUGGGUCUUUCACAUCUUAAAAAGAUUGUUUGACAUAUUGGACAACGCUAUACUAUUAAUUUUAGCUCUUCUGUCAAAUUUAUCCGUAUGCUGCAUUUUCCAGUUUGAGUGAACAGCCUGUUCAACAUUAAGAUAUUGAGAAACUCAAAGUAAGAGCUCAUAUCAGCACAAGCAGAGCUAAUGAUCAGUUUUGUUAAUUUUCCAGCACCAAGCUAACAGGAUGUGAGCUCGCUAGCUGCACCCUCUAAACACAAGGCUGUUUUCUAAGAUUGUGAUGUGGUCACCUAAAUUUGGGAAGCACUGAUGCAGUAUUUAGAGAUGUUUCUCUUCUCGCAGCACUUCUGUGAUCCCUGAGUUUUUAACGUUUUUCUUCUCAGCUGCGUUUUAAACUUCACACUGAAGUAUAUUGUUGUCUGGACUAACCACCAAACAAAUGAUUAAAAGCGUAUAUCCAAACAAAUGCAAGCUAUUUUGUGUAGAUUUUAUCAGGAUAAAUUUUAGUCUUAAUAGUUUUAUACACAUCUUUUAUUUAAAAACAAAACAAAAAAAGUCUUUGGUUUUGUUUUUUUUUUGGAUCUCAUUCUUCCUUUCUCAAGAGUAUUCCAAGCAAUAAUUGAGACAUUUAUGUCCGUGAGUCAGCACCAACAAGAGAAUAUAUGCUCAUAUGUCCUCAGUUUUGAUCAAACUGCUUUGAAAAUAAACUCUGAACUCUUCGGCUGAUGAAUGAAGUGACUGCCGGACACUGAACGAAAGCCCUCCUUGACUUUGCCGUUUAUGUCGAACUGCCUUUAACAUGGAGAAAUGAAGAGGUUUGAAGUGCACUACAGAUUUGUCUAUUAUUACGAAUGUUAAUUAAGAUUAUGUUAAUUUGCUUUUGUUCUGUGAUUAUGAUGAUAAUAAAUGACUGACUAGACUGUU